UAAAGAUGAAGGGGCAUUGUAAACAGGGCAUUGUAAACAUUCGGUAAGUUGACGCGAAAACGUUCGAUACAAAAGCUGUUGGCAAGUCCUGUCUCCUGGUAGUCAAGCCUAUACAAGAAAAGGAAUUGUGGAACGCGACACAGGUAGGAAUCCCCUAGUAAUCCGUCUAUACGUCUAAACAACACUGGAAUGCACUGCGACGUUUAUAAAGUUGGGCAAUUGAUCUGAAUAUUUUUUCUGCACGCCAAGGUCGGAAUCGUACGAAUCAAUUAUUGAAGGGUGAAAGCAUUGUGAGAGGGCAUCUGCUUUACAUCAUCAAUCUUCUAUUCUGUGUCAAUACCAUUCAGCACUGAAUGUGGUGCGGUGGGGAACUGGAUAAAGACAACCCGCAGCUUCUCACACUGGUUCAUGGCGUAGACCGAAAGGGGAGACCUGUUAUUAGGGCCUACAGGGGCAAUGCUCGCCAUCCAGUCUACCAAGAGUAUCAAGAAGUUAUCAACAAAAAUUAUGAAAAAGCUGCAAGACUCUCUCAGUUUCCCAGGGGCUGUGAAUCACCGUUGUACCGUGUAAAUAACAGUUCUUCCGAUUUAUGUUACUCCGAAACUACCAGUGCUAGAACUUCAACGCUAAGAACUCGUGCCAUGUCGCACUGGACUCCGUCUUUCUCUGGAGUUAGAUCAGCAACGAUUGUCCCAGAGGUAAAAGGUAUGCAGGCUAUUAUAUCAAGGCUGCGCUCUUCUUUAGCGAUACACGCAGGCCUGGGACCUACGAACAGUGAGGUUAACUUUCUUCCUGUUAUUCCUGUCCGCGAACGAAAACCACCGUCUAGCAACUGCCUGAAGAAUGAACGUCCAACAGGAAACACUGUUCCGAAGAAAAUGGAGUGUGACUCCAUUAAGUGCAAUAAUGUAGCUGAAGAAAAAACUUUAUCUUCUUAUACAGAAAGUUGCGGAGGAGGCAAGGGAACUUUUCAUCAAACAAGGAAAGUAAAGAAGCGAAAGAAAAAGAAGACUCUGAAGUCGAAAAAAUUAAAGUCAAAAAUUAAACCAAUCUCGGCAGACAUGGUCCCGCUUAACUCGAUAAAUUCGAGAUAUUUGUUGUCAUAAGUACUAGUCGCCACACGGAGUCAUGAUUAAAAUAACAGCAAUUAUAAUAAUACAAUUGGACUGACAAAAACUCAAACGACUUUUUCUUAGUAGUCAGUUUUAACACGGAUAACCUGACGUGUAAAACAUAUUCUUCCAAAGUUGGGAAUUCGUUGAUUUUUUGUUAUAAAGCAUGCAAGGAACUUCUACUUUUUUUUAGUCACUUGAGUACUUUCUUAAUGUAUGGUAUGCUGUCUUAAGCAAGCUUGGUUGUUAUUUUAAUGGAUUUAUUGUUUCCCCUAUAUGACAUUCUAACCCUUGCCGAUUCCAUGCCAUUAUAUUGUGGUGCUUAAUAUAAGCUCGUCUACAAUUCGUAUGUAGUGUACAUUCUACCCUAAAUGAUUGUUUUCUAAACCAGAAUGCUUUAGCUGGAUGCCAAUUUACGAAAAAAAAAGAAAAGAAAAAAAAAACAGAUGAACUUUAACAAGGCUGUUCCGUUUUAUCUUGUCUCGAUAGACGUUUAUCAAAUCAGCAUCAUGAACACCAUGCAGUUUGUUGUGUUUUUUAUACGCUCAGUCUAGCUCUUCAGAUUAUAACUUCAUAGAUUCAGAAAGCAAUCAUGCAGUAGUUUCCUUUCAUUUUACUAUCUAUUGUGCUUUAUAUAUGCUUUAUAGGGUGUCUCAGCAACUAUUUUCAAUUUCCAUGUUUGUCUACGAAGACUAUAAAGUCUCUAUGUGGUAAAACUUCAAAUAACCUUUCGUAGCUAAAUAAAAAAAAUAACAGUAAUUCCCUGUAAGACUGUUUAUCAAACCUAACGUUUGAGUCUGUGGAUGUCCUAAAGGUGAUCAUUGAAUUGAAAGCUAAAUGAGAAGUUACCUUUCCUAUAUGAUAAAGUUUUUUUUAUUACUAUUAUUUUGCCGUGAAACGUGAUUCUCUUCUCAGAGUCUAAGGAUGAAAUCGUGCAAUGUAAACAUCCACAUGAAUGCUAAUAAACAGUACUUUCCUAAAGUAAACUUAGUACAACUUCUAAUUAUUCCAAUAACCAUAAGGAUAAGAAC